GUAACUGGAGAAACCCCCUUUUCUCGCCAUUACACUGCUUGAAUUCUUCAAUUCGCAUCGGCUCUUACCCCUUUGAUACCUUCCAAUUGAGCUCGUACACCAUACAAUGACUGAGAGAGACGUCUUGCCAUCCACUUUCAAGCCAAUCCGUUACGACCUGGAAGUGUCGCAGAUCGAUGUUAAGGCAAACACCUUCCACGGUGAUGUCAAGGUUCAAUUGGACGUUAAGGAAACCACAGAUCAGCUCGUUCUGCAUGCCUCCAAGCUGACUUUCAACACCUACAAGCUGACGUACACGUUGAACAAGACUGAAGCCGAGGUCAGCAUCAAUGGUGUCACGGUGGAUGAAAAGCACGAGACAGCUACGUUCUCGCUUGGUGAGAAGGUCCCAGCAGGUGCAAAGGCGUUGUUGGAAAUUGAGUACACUGCUGAGAUCAAGACAAAUAUGAAUGGAUUUUACCGUUCUGACUAUUUGGAUAAGGACGGUAAGGAGCAGGUGAUGUUGUCCACGCAGUUCGAGGCGACAGAAGCCCGUGGUGCGCUCCCAUGUUGGGAUGAGCCAAACCUCAAGGCUACAUUUCAGCUCUCAAUUUCCGUUGCUGAGGACUUCACUGCUCUGAGUAACACCCCGGUGAUCUCUUCGAAAGUGCUUGGUGAUGGUAAGAAGAAAGGUGCCGUUGAGGCUUCUGGCUUGAAGGUUGUCAAGUUCCAAGAGACCCCGAUUAUGAGCACUUAUCUCUUUGCCUGGGCUGUGGGUAAGAUGGACUACAUUGAAACCCUUACUGAAAAGUCCUACAACGGUAAGAAGCUACCAGUGCGUAUCUACACCCAGCAGGGAAUCUCAUCUCAAGGUGAAUUUGCGCUCUCCGUGGCUGCAAAAGUGGUUGAUCUGUUCUCAGAUGUAUUCAAGAUUGACUAUGUCUUGCCAAAGUUGGACCUCAUCUCAGUGCCAUCGUACUCGCACAAUGCCAUGGAGAAUUGGGGAUUGGUUACCUUUAGACCAACAGCGUUGUUGUUUGAUGAGAAGACAAGUGCAAAGAAGUACCAGAAAAAGGUUGCCUAUGUCGUUGCUCAUGAAUUGGCACAUCAAUGGUUUGGCAAUUUGGUCACCAUGGACUGGUGGGAUGAGCUAUGGCUCAACGAGGGUUUCGCCACUUGGGUUGGCUCAUAUGCUUUGGAUAAGCUCUUCCCACAGUGGAAGGUGUUUGACGUUUGUAUAACUGAAGACUUGCAAACUGCCUUGACUGCCGAUGCUUCCAGAGGAUCUCACCCAGUUGAGGUUCCGAUUCAAAGUUCUGCAGACAUUGACCAAGUCUUUGACCACAUUUCUUACUUGAAAGGUGGUAGUGUCAUCAACCAGCUCGCCAAUACCAUUGGUGUGGAAGACUUUCUCUCUGGUGUGGCACAUUACUUGAGCGAACACAAGUUUGGUAAUGCUAAAACUAAAGACUUGUGGGCCUCCAUCUCUGAGGUUAGUGGUGUUGAUGUUGUCACUAUGGCCAAUAAUUGGAUCUCAAAGAUCGGGUUCCCAUAUGUCUCUGUGGAGACCAUUGGUGAUGAGGUCAAAUUCACUCAACACAGAUUCUUAGCUUCCGGUGAUGUCAAGGACUCUGAAGAUGAAACCAUUUGGUGGAUUCCUUUGAACCUAUCCACGGGGCUUGGUGAUGAUGAUGUGGUUCGCCAGACUUUGACUGAACGUUCUAUCUCAAUUCCAAAGAUUGAUGGAUUCUUUAAAGUCAAUAAGAACUCCACUGGAUUUUACCGUGUUGUCUAUGACAAGACGACUUUGGACGCCAUUAAGAACAACCUGGAUAAGCUAUCACCAACUGAUAAGGUUGGACUGGUUAGUGAUUUGACCUUCACCGCAGCUGCUGGGUUGACAAAGACAUCAGAUGCUCUUGAAUUUAUAAAACUGUUGAAAGGAGAAUCUGAAGCCGUUGUUUGGGAUGCGAUUUUAAAAUCACUUGGCUCAAUAUCCCAAGUCUGGUAUGAACAACCAAAAGAUAUUCAAGAUGCCCUAAACAAGUUUAUUCAGAGUAUCAUUUCACCAAGUGCACUGAGUUUGGACUUUGACACCACUCCUGAGGAUUUCCUAGUUGCGGAUUUGAAAGUGAAGCUGCUGGCGAGUGCUGUCGGUGCUGGGAUAACAGAGAUCAUUUCGCCUGCACAGUCUGUCUUUGCCAAGUAUCAACAAGGUGAGCCCGUCGACCCUUCAUUGAGAGGUGUGAUUUUCCAAUCCAUUGUCUCUCCAAAGGACGCCACUGAGGAGGAUUGGGACUCCGUAUACAAUAUCAUCAGAUCCAGCGAUGCCCUCGAUACUCGUGAGAUCGUGCUAGCUUCUCUGGGCACUGCAACAAACGAUGCGUUGAUCGACAAGUCGCUUGACCUUAUCCUAUCUCCCGAAGUUCCAAUCAUGGAUGUCCAGUUCGUUGCUGUUGCCUUGUCCAAGAACAACGCUGCGCGUGACAAACUCUGGGCCUACUUGAAGGAUAACUAUGAUGCCAUCUAUGAAAGACUGAACGCAAACAGGGUCGUUUUCGACAGAUUCGUCAAGUUUACACUGGGCUCAUUUGCCAGUUUGGAGAAGAGCGAUGAGAUCAAGAAGUUCUUUGAAGGAAAGGACAUCUACGGCUUCGAAAGAUCGCUCGACCAGGUCACCGACAGUAUCAAGACCAACGCGAAUUGGGUCGCCAGGGACAGCGAGGAUAUCGCCAAAUGGCUGCAAUAGGCCUAUGACGCUAGUAUUUCUACUCUAAACGUAUAUUUAAGAGAGUG